AUAACGUUGGGAUUGCGACACAAGGGCUUUCUCGGACGAAUAAUCCUUUAGUUUCGAGAGAUCCAAGAGCCAAAGUGGCAGUUGAUUUUUCAGUCGUCUCCAUUUUAAACGCGCAAUCAGUGCUCUGCGGCGUCGCAAAUUUUCGCUUGUUUAGAGGACUUGACAUGGCGACAGGAAAGAAAAUUCGAGAAGGACUUUUCUUGAUUUCAUGGAGAAAUUACCAUCACAGUGUGCCUAACAAGGAAAUCAUCGAAAAUGUCCAGCAGCUCGAUAAAAACAUUUUCGAAAUUUGCAAAUUAAGUUCUAAAGAAGUCAAAUCAACACUGCAAUUGCAGACAUUUCUCGAGGUGGAAAUCGUCCUGGCCAAGGCGAUCAAGUCGUCACACAAAUUGGAAUCGAUGACCAUUCUGGCCACCAAAGAAUGGGAUGAGGACGAUCGACGAAACGAAACGAUCGAAACCCAACAAAAGAUGAAUUUCAUCGGAUCCAAGUGGAGAUCGUCGUGGACAGAGCAGUUGGCGAUCGGCACUUGUCACCACUGCAACAGCAAUUACAGAAGAAAUUUUAUCAAGAUCCUCAUCGAUUUCAAUCCGUUUCCCGCCGAUGUUGUGCGAAGUGCGACUAUCAAAAAGACUCAGCUAUUGAAUCUUUGGAAAAUGAAGAUCCCUUCUGACGUCGUUAUCAAAUGCGAAGAAAAGUCGUUUGAAGCCCACACUUUCAUCCUUGCUUCUGGUAGCCCCGUUCUAGCCGCAAUGUUUCAACACGACUGCGAAGAAAAUCAGAAGAAAAUCAUUGAAAUCGCAGACAUUCAACCGAAUGUACUCAGAAAACUUCUUCAUUAUUUCUACACCGGAGAUGCCAACUUGGAGCAGGACGCGGAUGUAGCGGAGCUGAUGGUAGCGGCAGACAAGUACGCCGUCGAUUCGUUAAAAGAAGAAUGCGGCCAGCAUUUAUCGCACAAGUUGACGGUGGAAAAUGCCGGCCAUUAUCUCGUCUUGGCCCAUACGAUCAAUGCCGCUAAGCUUCGCGAAUCCUCACUGAAUUUUAUGGCGAGAAAUGCCAAAGCCAUUUGUUCGCGUCGCAAGGAGUGGAUUGAGAUUACCAAGAGUUAUCCGGAGCUCUGCUUGGACAUUAUGCAAUUGAUGGCGGUUUUCUAAGCUUCCGGCAAUCAGGAUCUUUCUGCAAGCGCCUUCAAGAUUGAAUAUCGUAAAAUUCUGCCGUUUACUCAGAAAUGUGUUUGUGUGUAACCGUGUGUAACCAAUUCAGAUUUAUUUCUCCUCGCUAAAAGUUAAAUUUGUAAGUGCCAAUUGUUUUAUUUGAUGUCAUUGUACGGCAGGAUUUCGAAACACUGAGAUUUGUGAAGUGUAAACAAUA